CUGCCAUCCUUGCUACCACGCUGACAGCCUUGGCGGCAUCCAACCACUCCUUCAAUCCAUGUCGAGUCUUCCUUUUCAUCAAUCAUGAUAUUACGCAAGCGGCCGCGAUGAUUUAGACUUCUGCCAUCUUGUGAAGUUGACAAUCUUUGCCGCUUUGACAACCCCCCAACAGCUUCCAUCGCCUGCCCGCGACAAUGGCAACGAUCACGAGGCAGGUCACGCAGAUGGUGACGACCACUGUCACAGCAGCAACAUCUACCAGUACCGCCAGAGCACCUGCGCAGGCGGGUAUCUUCGAAGGCGCUGAUCCGUCUGUCUACAAUGCCAGUAAUCCAAUCAUCCUGUUCAUCAUCCAAGCAUCCAUCAUCCUCAUCUUCUGUCGUAUACUCCACUACCCGCUCUCCCUCCUCCGCCAACCACGCGUCAUCGCCGAAGUCAUCGGCGGCAUCCUACUCGGCCCCUCCGUAAUGGGUCGCAUCCCAGGCUUCACCGACGCCAUCUUCCCCCCCGCCUCCAUCCCCAAUCUCUCCCUCGUCGCGAAUCUCGGCCUCGUGCUGUUCCUCUUCCUCGUCGGCCUGGAAGUCGACCUGAGGUACUUUGUCAGCAAUUGGAAACUCGCCGUCAGUGUUGGCGUGGCGGGCAUGUCGUUGCCGUUUGGACUCGGCUGCGCGAUUGCUUGGGGUUUGUACCAUCAGUUUCACGAGGAUCCGGAUUUGCAGCCGAUUGCUUUUGGGACGUAUAUGCUUUUCAUUGGCAUUGCCAUGGCGAUUACGGCCUUUCCCGUCCUCUGUCGGAUUCUCACGGAGUUGAAGUUGCUUUCCACCCCCGUUGGCGUGAUUGUGCUAUCUGCUGGGGUUGGGAAUGACGUGGUCGGCUGGAUCCUGCUCGCGCUUUGCGUUGCUUUGGUCAAUGCGCAAAGCGGCGUCACGGCGGUUUGGGUGCUUCUGACUGGCGUGGGAUACGCAUUGUUCCUUUCCCUCGCGGUUCGUCCGGCUUUUCUAUGGAUCCUCCGUCGAAGUAGAGCUCUCCAAGAUGGCCCUUCGCAAGGGAUUAUCGCGCUCACCCUCCUCAUGGCUCUGUCAAGUGCCUUUUUCACAGGAGUUAUCGGCAUCCACCCCGUCUUCGGAGCCUUUAUGGCCGGCCUGAUCUGCCCUCACGACGGCGGCUUCGCAAUCAAAGUGACUGAGAAGAUCGAAGAUCUCGUCGGCGCCCUCUUCCUCCCGCUCUACUUCACCCUCUCCGGGCUGUCGACCAACUUGGGCCUGCUCGACAACGGCAUCACCUGGGCCUAUGUGAUUGGCGUCAUCGGUAUCGCGUUUAGCGCCAAGUUCAUCGGCUGUGCAUUCGCUGCGCGGGCGAACGGGCUCGUCUGGAGAGAGUCGUUCACCAUCGGAGCGCUGAUGUCCUGCAAAGGCUUGGUGGAGCUGAUCGUGCUCAACAUCGGUCUCCAAGCCAAGAUUCUGAGCACGCGGACAUUCACCAUUUUUGUGGUCAUGGCGCUCGUGACGACUUUUGCGACUACGCCGUUGACGCGCGCUCUUUACCCGCCCUGGUAUCAGCGGAAGCUGGAAGCGUGGAAACGAGGGGAGAUUGAUUGGGAUAGUGGGGCGCCGCUGAAUGCCGAGAGACAGGACUCCGAGGAUGGGAGUGUGGCAAAGGAGCCGUUAGAAAGAGUGCACCCAACACACGCGAACGAGGAAGAGAAGGAGAGUACAGAGCAAGCUGUUCGAAAAGCGCGACCACUGGAAGUGCACGGCAUGCGGUUUGUGGAGCUGAAUGAGAGAAACUCGACUGUGAUGAAGGUCACCGAGGCCGACGAACUCUCGGCCUUCGACCCGGUCAUUAACGCCUUCCGAGUCCUAGGGCAACUCUACAAUCUCGCCGUUUCUGGUGAGGUCGCGAUAUCGACCGAGAGCUCAUUUUCAGAGAGCAUUGUCAAUACAGCGGUAGAGGAAUCGAGCGAUCUCCUGCUGCUACCAUGGAGCGAGUCGGGCAGCAUGAGUGAAUCACUCACCGUGUCGAAAGACGUGGUCAAAGGCAAAGGAACAAACGAUCAGUACAGCAGCUUUGUCAUGCGCACCUUGGAAAUAGCGGAGUGCAACGCGGCGGUAUUUGUGAACAGAGGGUUCGGUGGGACACUCACGCCUCGAUCGUCCACUCUCGAUCGGCGAGUGAGCACGAUGAGCGGACGGGGAUUUCGAGAGCAUAGCACCAACCAGCCGAGUAGGGAUCGUAGUCAUCACAUCUUUGCCCCGUAUUUUGGCGGCGAGGAUGGACGGGCUGGGUUGAGGCUGGUGCUUCAGCUGGCAGAGAAUGCAGAGACUACGGCGACGAUCGUGCACUACCAGAGCGCAAAGGAAGUUUCUCCGACGGACCAGACAGUGAGCAUCAGGCCGAAAAGCGGUCGUGACAGGCUACACAAGACGAAGUCCGCCGCGGAGCGAGAGGAUGACGCAUCGUUCUUCGCGACUCUCCAGCGAUCUCUGCCUUCCGGGCUGGAGAAGCGCGUCGUCUUUGAGACGGCGACGUCAUCGAGUCCUAUUGAAGACGCCGCGGCUGCAGCUCAAGAGGAAGUAGGACGUAAUGUCAAGAACGGCGGAGAUUUGGUGGUCGUGUGUCGGCGGCCGGACGGGAUGACUGGCACUCCAAGCUGUCUGGGCCCGAUUGCUGACGCAAUGCUGGAGAGAGGGGUCAAGGCGAGUUUGCUGGUAGUACAAGCUAGACGGCGGGAUAGCGGGCGGUAGAGUAGACUUGUCGCGUAGACGAUGUGAAUGAGAAACGAUGAUGAUGACCCUGGC